AUGAAUAGCAAUAUUUUCUGCCAAGAGUGCCAGGUUUCAUUCGCACACCGUGCAUCAUUGUUUCGUCACAUGAGGCGGAAACAUGGAGAGAAUCCCAGACUUGUUUAUCCUAAUGCCUGUUCCUUGUGUGAAAAAACUUUUAAGAAUAAACGUUCGUUAACACGACAUAUCACCCAAGUGCACGCCAAUAUCCCACCAACUUCUUCUACAUUGUCCUUAGUUCGUUCCAAGUCCUUACCUUCAUCUACUACCUCAGCUGUGUCAUUAAUUCAACACUCAACACACUUGUUUUCUCCGAAAUCCUCUGGUUCACCAUCCAAUUCAUCCACGCAAGUUACUUGUCAUCCAUCUUCUAUUCCCAAAUCUCCACUCAGUUCAAAGGUAAAUAUUAAUUCUGAUCCAUCUACCUCAGCUCCUCUUGGGACACGUCCUCAUAUGGCUUUAUUGCCACAACCCUCCAAUUCAUCCAGGCAAGUUACUUUUCAUCCAUCUCCUAUUCCCAAUUGUCCACUCAGUUUGAAGGAAAAUUUUACAGGUACACCCUCAAGAAAUAAAAGGAUUAUAUGUCCAUUUCCUGAAUGCUAUUUGGUUUUCUCCAGAUAUAAUAAUUUUUACAAUCAUUUUGAGUCUCACCACAAUACCAUAAUUGAUUAUGAAGAAGUUGUGUUUCAAACAUUAAAUGAUUUUGUACUAUGGAAAUCGGAUGUCGAACAGAAGGAGAAUUCACAUUACAUUCAAGGAAAUUCGGGAUAUACCACAUCAAAGAACUGCAAGACAAAAUAUUAUAACUGUCACAGGUCAUAUACUUAUGAGCAGCAAAACACAAUACGCACUUCUACUAAAAAUACUAUCAAAACUGGAUAUGCAUGCCCUUCAAGGAUCGCUUGCACUGUUGAUGGUAAUCAUGCAGUUAAAGUGCGGUUUUGGAAAACCCAUAUAGGACAUACAAAGCAGAUCAACAAAUCUAUUUCAUUAGAUAAACACUCAAAAGAAAAUAUCAAGAUGAAAUAA